AUGUCAUCAACAACACUUGGUCUUAUUAAAAAAAAUCUUCAAAAAGAAAUUAGUUAUGAUGAUGCCUACACAUUAUUACGAGAAGCAGAUCCGGUAAAUGCUAUCAAUACUUUGCCAAUGUGUCCUGACGGUGGUACAUUGUGGUUAUUUCCCGAUAAUGGUGAUUCUAAACAAGCGAAAGAUUACGUUUAUGACGGGUAUCUGAUGCCUCUGGAUAAACGACGAACCUAUCCACCACAUGAGCCAUAUAUUGAACAUGAACGAUAUUUUGCUUAUACAAAAGACAAAAAACGAGACAAUAGAUUUAAGAAAAUUGUUUUUCAGUUACAUAAAGAUUGCACAGUCGUUGAAGAAGCAUUAGUUAAUGGUCACACACAUCGAAUUCCGCUGUUAUCAUUAGUAUUCUGUCUUGGAAACACAAAACUACCACUUCGUGCACCUAAUAAUAAAAAUAAUAAAAAACACUUUAUCAAUUACUCUCGGUCAAAAUCAAGCACAAUUAUAUCUGCAAAAACGUUAUUAGCGUGA